AUGUCUAACGAAUUGAUUGUAGGAAUUGAAGGAGGAGGUACUUCAUAUAAGGUUGCUAUUGGAUUAAAUAUUGAACAUGCAAUGGAAAAUGUUUUUAUUACGGAAACUAAAACUGUAGACGAGACAAUGGAACCAAUUAAACAAUUUCUCAUUAAAAAGGAAUCAGAAUUGGGUGGAAUUAUCAAGAGAAUUGGAAUUGCAAAUUUCGGACCUAUUGAUGUGAAUGUUGGAUGUAUUUUACCUUCCACUCCAAAAGUUUCAUGGAGAAGUUUUAAUAUUGUCGAGUAUUUCAAGAGAGAAUUUCCACAAGUUAAACAUGUUCAAUUUGAUACUGAUGUUAAUGGACCAGCUAUGGCUGAAUAUCAACUUGUUAAAGGUUCUGGAAUUAAAUCAUUGGCAUAUGUUACAAUUGGUACUGGAAUUGGAGUUGGAUUGGUAAUUAAUGGAUCAACAGUGAGUGGUUUGAUGCAUCCAGAGGCAGGACAUAUUUAUACACCACUUCAUCCAAGAGAUAUGGAAACUGGUUUUAAGGGAUUUUGUACAUUCCACACUGAAGGAUGCUUGGAAGGAAUGGCAGCUUCACCUUCAAUUGUAAAGAGAAGAAAUAUUUCCAUUCAUGAUGUAAAGAGCAUAUCUGAUGAUGAUGAAAUUUGGGACAUUGAAGCUCACUAUCUUGCACACUUGUGUGUCAAUUUAAUUUUAAUUUCCUCAUGUCAAGUUAUUGUCAUGGGUGGUGGUAUCAUGAAUAGAAGCAUCCUCUUUGAUAAGAUUAGAGAAAAGACAGUUCAACUAUUGAAUGGAUAUCACGUUAUGAUAAAUAAUGAAAGUAUCAAGAAUAUUAUUAAGCCUUCUGUUUAUGGUGAACAUGCAGGAAUCAAAGGAGCUCUCCAUCUCUCACAGCUAUAA